CUGGCUGCCAAAGUGCUCUGCAUCUCUCUCUUUCUCUGUCCCUAUCUCUCUCUGUCCUUCCUUCCUAGCUGUGUGUUGGCCGACCAUGCUGUCGACAUCAUGAGUUUGCCUCUUCUCUUCGGCCGCCGACGCGCCAGCAGGUGGUGAUGUCGUUUCGGGCGGCCGUUUUGUUCCUGGCCCUGGGCCUGCUGGCCGCCGGGGAGCGCGGCACCACUUUCCGCAGCAGGGAGCGCCAGGGCGGCAUCACCUUGGGCCAGAGCAAGCCCAAGGAGCCGAUCAGAGAGACGAUGUUUGCCAAGCAUUCGCCCAUCGACCCCGAACUCAACAUCGGCCUCAUUGUGCCGCAGACCUCGUUCGGCCGCCGCGAGUACACCAAGGCGGUCAACUCGGUGUUCAACUCGUUUCAGAAGUCUCGCGGGCGGAAACUCGAUUUCCUCAAGACUUUCAAUUUCGGCCCGCAGCAGGUCAGGCAGAUCAACAUGACUUUGACGCCCAGCCCGACAGCCAUUUUGAGCACUUUGUGCAAGGAGUUCCUCUCCGUGAACGUGUCGGCGAUCCUCUACCUGAUGAACCACGAAAAGUACGGUCGUUCGACGGCCUCGGCGCAGUACUUUUUGCAGCUGGCCGGCUACUUGGGCAUUCCGGUGAUCGCUUGGAACGCCGACAACUCGGGUCUAGAGAGGCGAGCGUCGCAGUCGAGUCUGCAGCUGCAACUGGCGCCUUCCCUGGACCACCAGACGGCCGCCAUGCUCAGCAUCCUGGAACGCUACAAGUGGCACCAGUUCUCCAUCGUCACUUCGCAAAUCGCCGGCCAUGACGAUUUCGUGCAGGCCGUCCGCGAGCGGAUCAUCCUAAUGCAAGACCGCUUCAAAUUUACCAUUCUCAACACUGUGGUUGUCACUCGGUCGGCUGACCUAAAAGAGCUGCAGAACUCCGAGUCCAGGGUGAUGCUGCUGUACUCGACCCGGGAAGAGGCGCAGCACAUUUUGGCCGCGGCGAGGGACCUGAAGCUCACAGGAGAGAAUUACGUUUGGGUCGUCACGCAGAGUGUCAUCGAGAACAGACAGACCAUGUCCCAGUUUCCAGUCGGCAUGCUUGGUGUGCAUUUCGACACAAGCAUGAGCAGUCUGGUGAGCGAGAUCACGACCGCCAUCAAAGUGUACGCCUACGGGGUGGAAGACUUCGUCAACGACAACCGAAACAAGAAUCUCUCUUUGAACACACAGCUGUCCUGCGAGGGGAUGGGGGAGUCGCGGUGGCGGGUCGGCGAUCGAUUCUUCAGAUAUUUGCGCAACGUGAGUGUCGAGGCGGACCAGCACGGCAAGCCAAACGUCGAAUUCACAGCCGACGGGGUGCUGAAGGCGGCCGAGCUGAAAAUCAUGAAUCUGCGACCGGGUGUGAGCAAACAACUGGUCUGGGAGGAGAUUGGAGUGUGGAAGUCUUGGGAUAAGGACGGCUUGGACAUCAAGGACAUCGUCUGGCCUGGAAACAGCCACACUCCUCCUCAGGGUGUACCUGAAAAAUUCCAUCUCAAAAUCACCUUCCUCGAAGAACAGCCGUACAUCACCCUGACCCCACCUGACCCUGUCACUGGCAAGUGCUCCAUGAAUAGGGGAGUUCUCUGCAGAGUUGGGGUUGACCAAGAAUUGGCACCUUCGACAGGGUCGGAGCCGCCCAAGACUUACCACAACGGCAGCAUGUACCAGUGCUGCUCGGGCUUCUGUAUCGACCUGCUGGAAAAGUUUGCCGACGACCUGGGCUUCACAUACGAACUUGUACGUGUCGAGGACGGAAAGUGGGGCACUUUUGAGCACGGCAAGUGGAACGGCCUGAUUGCCGAGCUGGUGAACCGAAAAACGGACAUGGUGUUGACGUCGCUGGUCAUCAAUUCAGACCGGGAGAACGUCGUUGACUUUUCUGUGCCGUUCAUGGAGUCGGGCAUCGCGAUCGUGGUGGCCAAGCGGACGGGCAUCAUCUCGCCGACAGCCUUUCUCGAGCCGUUCGACACCGCCUCGUGGAUGCUGGUCGGCGUCGUCGCCAUUCAGGCCUCGGCGUUCACAAUCUUCCUAUUCGAGUGGCUGAGCCCCUCGGGAUUUAACAUGAAAGUCAGCCAGCCGGUCACGCCUCCGGUCAACGGGAAAAACACAAACAACCACCGCUUCUCGCUCUUCCGCACCUACUGGCUCGUCUGGGCCGUCCUUUUCCAGGCGGCCGUCCACGUCGACUGUCCCAGGGGCUUCACUGCCCGCUUCAUGACCAACGUGUGGGCCAUGUUCGCCGUCGUGUUCCUUGCCAUCUACACUGCCAACCUGGCCGCCUUCAUGAUCACCAGAGAAGAGUUCCACGACUUUGUUGGAAUUGAUGAUCACAGACUAGCAAAACCGUUCAGCCACAAGCCCAGCUUGAAAUUCGGCACAAUCCCGUGGAGCCACACAGACUCAACUCUGAAGCGCUACUUCCCCGAUAUGCACGCCUACAUGAAGACCUACAACAAAACCUCCGUGACCUCCGGCAUAGACGCCGUCCUCGCCGGGGAGUUGGACGCAUUUAUUUACGACGGUACUGUGCUUGAGUACUUGGUGUCCCAGAAUGAAGACUGUCGCCUGCUCACGGCCGGCAAAUGGUACGCAAUGACGGGCUACGGCCUCGCCUUCAGUCGCAACUCCAAAUAUCUCGGCAUGUUCAACAGGCGGAUGCUCGACUUUCGGGAAAAUGGCGAUCUUGAAAGGCUAAGAAGAUAUUGGAUGACCGGAUCGUGCAAGCCUGGGAAACAAGAGCAUAAAUCGAGCGACCCGCUAGCCCUGGAACAGUUCUUGUCUGCGUUUCUCCUGCUCAUGUCUGGCAUACUUUUAGCAGCAGUCUUACUGUUGUUAGAACACCUCUACUUCAAGUAUGUGCGACACCACUUUGCGAAAAACGAUCAGCCUGGUUGCUGCGCCCUUAUUAGUUUGAGCAUGGGAAAAUCAUUGACGUUCAGGGGUGCUGUUUUCCAAGCCCAGGACAUGUUGCGAAACCACAGGUGCAGAGAUCCUAUCUGUGACACUCAUCUGUGGAAAGUGAAACACGAACUGGAUCUAGCAAGAAUUAGGAUUCGGCAGUUAGAAAAGCAACUGGAAGCCAACGGAAUAAGACCCUCGCCAGGUCGACUACUGGACUGCGUGGAAUCGCUCAAUGUGCAAAGAGACUAUCGAGAUGUGCCAAGAAACUACAUUUCCACGACAGACCACUCAGCCGCCUUUUAUCCAGCCUGCUACUACAACAGUCCUUCGAGGAGGCAGUGUCGAACGGAAAUCGCAGAGAUGGAAACCGUUCUCUGAUCCUCGGCCCGCGCUUCGCCUAACUCCGAACUGGAGGACCGCAAAUUCAUCCCCAUCCCUUACUGAAGUGCAGGGGCGGUUUUGAAGCUAGCGCGGGCUUGAAUCAAAACAACUCGAUCUGUACGAGAGCAAAAGGUAGAUGCGAGACAAAAAGAAGAUAGAAGAAGAAGGAAAACAAACAAAGAAAACAGUUUUAAACCAACACAAUGGAACUCGAGACCACACGUAUGUACGAAAGAAAAUGUCUUUUUAGAGAUGGAUGGUGCGCUGAGAACGCAGGUUGCGGUAAAACAAUUACGUCUUUCAAUGUUCAGAGUGGAAGCAGAAGGUGUGGCGACCAAGGCUCGCGCCGUAUUUUACAGCUCAAGCGAGAUAAGCGUCCACAAAUCCACCGCUUCAGGGUGACAAUGGCCUUUUGCACCAGCCUUACGUACAAAAAAUUGAAGAAACAGAAAAAUUUCGAAAUUUCUGUAAUUUGAAAAAUCGGCAGAUCAAAGUUGUAUUCAAAGUUGUAUUAAAUUAAGAAUAUUUGAUUCUUUUAAUUAAAUGCUUGUGUAAAAUCAAGUAAUAAUGUUAUUAGAAUUGCUUAAGGGCACUAAUUCAUACUUAUAUCUAACACUUAAUCGUUGGAGGAAUAAGUAGCUGCCAGAUCAUGUUAAACAUGACAAUUUUUUCAUAUAUUUUUUUAAGUAACCGCAUCACAGGAUUUUUUUUUUAAAUAUAAUUUUUAACAAAUUUGUAAACUAUUUGGAGUGAUUAUGUAGUGGCGGGCUGGUGCAAAGAGCCAUGAACUUAUUAGCGUAAAGGAGAGACAGCAUUGUAUAUAAUAGAAAACGUCAAAAAUGUGUAUUUUGCCGCGAAUUACUUGAAACAGGCCAGAAUUCAGAGAAAUUGAUUAAAACGGGUCUACAAAGCGCGUUUGCAGAAUUAUAAUAAAUUUUAAAUUAUACAAACAUUUGCAUCCACUAAAAAAUUAUUAAUUUGCCAAAUGGGGAAAGCAGUAAAGUGCUGGGGUGCAUAUUUGGCAAAAUAUAAAUGUACGACAAAGGAGGAGUAUGUGAGACUGUGAUAUCUUAAUCGGCGGGUACUUCACUCUCUCAAACGAGCCA